UCAGUAUAAGAGCUGUUUCAGUGUUCUGUUGCCGUGUAACCGGGCGUGUUGGAGAUUGAUUGAUUGUAUUUUGUUUAACGUCCCUCUCAAUAAAUUUUCACUCUAAUGGAAACAUCCUGUUGAAGAAGGGAUACAGAUUUUAUAUAACAUCUCAGAACGACGUGAACUUGGGUAAACGAGAUUCAAAAUGGAGAAAUACAUGUCCACACGCUAGUAUUUGAAUCGACGCCAUUGGGACCAAACUUUUCAAGUUCCAUAGGUGCAUUUUGAGAGUGGACUUUGAACAGCAAAAUCAGCUCUGUGUUGAUUGGACUACACAAGAGACCUCACCUAUCUGGACUAUAAGCAUGACGUCUAGACUGAUUGUUGAACUCCUACUUAGGAAAUAGAACACACAAAAUACCGCAAAAAUGAGCUUUAGAUGUAGCCUCAGAAGACUUUGGCCAUGCAGUACAGGGGCAAUAACUCUGGUAGGACGACUUUCACAGCAGUGUUGGAAAGCUCCAAAAAGGGCAGACCUAAGACAAUAUGGAAUACAGACCAAUAAUGGGCAGUUGUUUCCAGUUAAUGGUGAAAGAGGUUAUUGUUCUACAACUAUUUCCUUUGAGAAGAGGAAAGAAAUAAAAAUGUCAAUUGAAGAAAAGGGCAGUAAGGUGAAGAUUGUUUGGAAUAAUGGUGCAGAGUCAGUGUUCCAUAGCAUUUGGAUGAGAAACUACUGCCAUUGUCCUGAAUGCAAACAAGAACAUUCAGGCCAAAGGUUGAUGGAUGUUGGUCAGAUCCAUUGUAACACAACAGUAAGGGAUAUCACAGAAACAGGUGAUGAAACAUUAGCCAUACAGUGGUCAGAUGGACAUCGGGGAGUGUUGCCGAUGAAGUUUCUACAGGAGCAUGUGUACUCUGAUGAGACCCUAGACUUCAGGCCAUCUGCUGUGUUCAGUGAGCCGAAGUCGUAUCCAAUCUUGGAAUUUUCUGAAGUCGUAUCCAGUCAGCAAGGCGUACUACAGUGGUUGAGAGAUCUGAAUGAAUAUGGAGUCUGCUUAUUGAAGAAUGUACCUCAAGAAGAAGGAAUGGUCAGCAAGGCAGCAGAGCUAAUUGCACCGGUCCAACAGACCAUCUAUGGACAUCAAUUUGAUGUGGUGAGCACCCCCAGCCCAAUCAACGUGGCAUAUUCCACUGUAGGUCUGGACUUUCAUAUGGAUCUCAUCUACUACGAGUCUGCACCUGGACUACAGCUUCUGCACUGCAUGAAAUUUGACAAGUGUGUUAAAGGAGGAGAUAGCACCCUCUUAGAUCUUUUCUAUGUGGCUGAAGUUUUCAGAAAAUCCAGUCCAGAGGAAUUCCAUACUCUCACACAAAUACCAACUACUUUCCAAAAAAUUCACUAUGAGAGGGAAAAUCCUGUUCACAUGGUCUAUCAAAAACCAAUAAUUUCACUGAAUCACAGACAAGAGAUUACCAGCAUUAGUUGGGCACCCGCCUUUGAAGGUCCACUGCGUGUUAGACCAGAAGAUGUUGAACCUUACUACACAGCAUAUCACAAAUUUGCUGAAGUGAUUAAAAAUUCAUCUGCGAAACUACAGUUUACAAUGGUGCCCGGCGAUCUUCUCUCCUUCAAUAACAGAAGAGUUCUCCAUGGAAGAAAUGCAUUUAACUUGAAUGGAGGAAUGAGACAUUUACAGGGAUGUUAUGUAAAUAUUGAUGAAUACAAGAGCAAAUUAUGUGUUCUCUCCAACCUACUGAAGGACGACAGACCUGUCAAACAAGUCGGGAAUCAUUGCUGGGGAUAGGCAAUGCAACAAAUUGAUCAUUGGUCUCCUUUAACCCUAGGUCCGUUCUCUUUAAGUAAAGAAUUAUUGAAUUUCCAAAAGUCAUAUACCACCACAAAUGCCUUGCCGACGGGCGGUGAAGUGGACCUCUCUUGUGACACAUUCAUCGUAAAGAAUCACACCCAGAUUGACUUCACCAAUGGAGAGUAUGGGGGGAUUCCUUUUAACUUGAUCCUCAAUUCUGUUGGAUGGGUGCUACUCAUCUUAUUAUUCACGGUACUGAGGAAAGUAGCCUGGGACUAUGGAAGGAUUGCGCUUGUCAGCAGGACAGAAGAGAAAGAUAACGACAUUCUACAGAAGGGCGGACAGGAUGCCCUCCAGUAUUUGUCCUUCCAGCGGUACCUCAUUAUCUACACCACCGUCGUCAUGGUUCUCACAGUCGUCAUCAUCAUCCCCGUCAAUUUCUCCGGAAACAACAUUGGAAAUAAAACCGACUUUGGGCAUACAACCAUUGGGAAUUUAGAUCCAGAUUCUCCAUUGCUGUGGGUGCAUGCUGUUUUGGCUGUGGCUUUCCUCAUCCUACUUGUGGGUCUAAUGCGACAUUUCCACAUCAACCUAGAAUUCCAGGAGGAUGAGCAGGUGUCACGAACACUGAUGAUCUCGGGAAUACCCCACAACCAGUGCUUUAAAAACCAGAUCUCACAGCACUUUGAGGAAGCUUACCCAGAGGCCAGUGUGGUAGAUGUGCAAUUUGCAUAUAACAUUUCAGAACUAGUCAAACUGGACAAUAAUAGGAGGGUUGCAGAGGAGGCUUUACUGAAUUCUAAGAUUGAGUAUGAGAAAACGGGAAUUCGUCCAACCAUGACACCAGUCAUGUGUGGUCAGUGUUGCUGCUGCUGUUCUGCCUGUGGGUGCAAAGAGGUGGAUGCCAUUGAGCAUUAUGAGUCAGUGGCCACAAAGUACAAAGAGAAGUGUGAGAAGGAAAAGGUGACUGCCUACCAGGACCCGGCUGGGAUAGCCUUCGUUACUUUCCACAGUGACCUCAUGGCCGCUAGAGUGAAGAAUGACUUUGAAGAGUCAUGUAAAGGCACCAGUAACCCCCAGAAUUCUUCCCUAAAUGAGAAUUUGGCAGUGUGGGGAUGGUCUGUGCAUUAUGCUCCCUCCCCAGAAAAUAUUUACUGGGAGAACCUAUCCAAGUCUAACUGGAAAUGGUGGGCUACAGCUAUCAUCGUUAAUGUGGUCCUCAUAGUUAUCCUCUUUUUCUUCACUACUCCUCUAAUCAUCAUCAACAGCCUCAAUGAGCUGGAGUAUCUCAAACCUAUACAAGAACAUAGUCCAUUGCUUGUCCAGUUUUUGCCCACGCUGUUAUUGUGGACUUUCUCUGCGCUGCUGCCCAAUGUCGUGUAUUACUCUGACUCAACAUUCAUCGGUCACUGGACAAGAACUGCUGAACACUACGCUAUAAUGAUCAAAACGUUUAUUUUCCUGAUUUUGAUGGUGCUGAUUCUGCCCUCGUUAGGAUUAACGAGUGCCAAGGCAUUGUUUCAGUGGUUCGUCCUCGAUAGAACUACGUCCUUCAGAUGGAAGUGUAUAUUUGUAGCAGGACAUGGCGCUUUCUUCGUUAAUUAUGUGAUUACUGCAGCUUUUAUUGGUACAGCUUUAGAACUGAUUCGAUUUUCUGAACUUUUCGUGUAUGCCCUAAAACUGUCAUUGGCUCAUUCAUCAGCAGAGAAAACAGCUGUUAGAAAGUCUGUUGUGUGGGAGUUCCAGUAUGGCUGCCAGUACGCCUGGAUGUUGUGUGUGUUUGCUGUCAUCAUGUCCUACAGUCUUCUCUGUCCAUUGGUCAUUCCAUUUGGAUGGGUAUACAUGAUUCUGAAGCAUGCUGUAGAUCGAUAUAAUAUCUACUUUGCCUACAAACCAUCAAAGAUCAACAAGAAGAUUCAUUCUUCUGCCAUCAACUUUGUCAUCAUUGCUACAAUUCUUCUACAGUUCAAUAUUGUCUUCUUCACAGCCCUCAGAUCAGAGGCUGUAAAUCCAGUGUUUGUCUUUUCUUCUGUGGCUCUAUUUGUCUCCAUUGUUGCGUUUGUGGGACGAGUCUGCUUUGGCUGGUUCAGGAAUCUGGCUUCCACCACCAAACAAUAUAGGAAAUAUGGAUGCAGGGAGCCGGAUGAAAGGUUUACUCAAAAUGUCGAUAAUCCGGUUGAUUUUCCUCAUCAAUUUAUAGAACAAGAGCAAGAAGCCAAUACACCAGAUUCAACAAAUAAACCCUUUGUAGCUGGAGUGCUGUUGGAUAACGCCCGACCAUCAGAGAACGGUGCUAGUCGAUUGGCUGCUUCUUAUGGAACCAUGUCUGGCACUUCGUCAGUAAAUAAGGACAGUGAGGAAGUGGACACUAAUGAUGUCCAUUACUUCCAGUAAACCAUCAGUCUUUUGCGUACACCAGUAAACCAUCAGUCUUUUGCGUACACCAGUAAACAUCAGUCUUUUGUGUACACCAGUAAACCAUCAGUCUUUUGUGUACACCAGUAAACCAUCAGUCUUUUGCGUACACCAGUAAACCAUCAGUCUUUUGCGUACACCGGUAUACCAUCGUCUUUUGCGUACACCAGUAAACCAUCAGUCUUUUGUGUACACCAGUAAACCAUCAGUCUUUUGCAUACACCAGUAAACCAUUGUUUUUUGCGUACACCAGUAAACCAUUGUUUUUUUUAUAUACAUCAGUAAACCAAACUGUCAGCCUGCUAUGACCAUGAAGAAUCUAGGUCUCUGUAUUUUCUACAUUCUUUAUCACUCUUUGUGUCUGUACGCAGAGGAAUAUUAAUGUAAAUCAUGAAACCUCCACAGCAGUCUGAAUUCAUUACUGUGGGAUUUUACUAUUGCAUUUACACUAGCCUGAAUGAAAUGGGUCUGUAUACAGGAAACAACAUUUAGUAGGAAUGCUGUUAUAGGAAGUCCUUGUUGAAAACACAGUGUCCAUUUCACAACUUGACAUUGAGGGUUUCCUCAAAUUGAACUUGAUCUUCCACUUUAUAAGGUUGAGACUUAUUAAACUGAAGGGUCAGGGUGAAAUUCACUGUGGCUGUAUACUGGGGCUUUGUGUUUCACACACUUUGUUUUUAGUUAUUUAUAGAUGCAUAAUACAAUAGACAUUGUUUCUUACGAUAAUGACAGCUUAAUGUACAAGAUUCUCCUCAAAAAUAAAAUUACCAACUUGUAUUGAAUUACUUUCUUUGUGAUACAUGUACUUAAUUUUGUAACUUUAAAAGUUUUGUACACAUUAGUACAGCCAUGCAUGUAUAUGUACAAGAACCCAAAGACUUGCUUGUAUAUUCACUGGCUUUUAAUAAAGUGUGUUGGUGACAUCACAAUUACAUGUUAGCAUUAAUAAAACUCCUAUAUUGAAAUGGAGACUUUUCUUUGGUAGACGGGGAUAAUUAUGAUCAUUUCAUUUGAUUUUUCUAACACUCAAAAAUUUACAGUUCUAGCGGUGGAUUUAGGGGGAUGCAAACACACCCUUCCCCAUUCAAUUUUUUGUAAUUGGAGGGGGAGGCAUCAUUUUUCCCUUCCUAUUAUUUAGAUUAGUUAUUGCAGACUAUCACAUACUUUUUGUAUAAAAAUGAGGAACAUUUGAUGUUACAACUGCUGUCAAAAAGACCCAUGUAAAAUAUUUAUGUGUGGGUUGCUUUUUUGGGGGGUUGUUGUUUAUAUGCCUUUCAAUAUAAAAUGAAGUAUUAGAUAAAGUGUGAGAGGUAUUUUUGCAGUAGAGGACCUAUGUUUUGUAUGAGUUGUGUGAAUGAUACUGAGGAUGAUUUUCCUGUUUGAGUAUAGUCUUAGUAAAUACGUAUUUAAUAUGUGAAAUUGUUCAAUAUAAGACAGAAAUAUUAUACAUUUAUAGUUUCCUUGAGCAAGACGCUCCAAGUGAUUGAAUUUUUUUUUAUCAGAGUACUGUAUGUUUAAUAUCUAUUUGUGUGAGGUCUGUGCUAUGAGCUUUUCAAAUUGUUAUGUCAUACUCUAGAACCAUGAGACCAUUUUGAAUUAACCUUAACUAAUUGCAUUUUGAAGAAGAGUAAAUUCCAAGUUCAAGAUUGGAUAAAUGAAGAGAUAGUUCCAUUAAAGCAAUACUAGCUCUUAUUUUGAUGUCGAAAAUUUUUGUUGCAAAAUUGUGAAUUACUAUUUCAAUGACAGAAAAAAAAAAUAAGGUUUAUAAACUUUUGUUACAAAUAUUCAUAUUAGAAAACCAAUCCAGAGGCUCCGAAAGAAGUAAAAUUACAUUAGUGUCUUCCUGUACAAAUAUUGAUUUCUAUUAUUAAUGCUAUAUAUUCAAUAGAACUGAAAUUUUUAUUUUGAUAAAAUCUUAAACUUAGUUUUAAUUAUACCAAUGCCUAUGGUUAAAGUUACAUACGAAACUAUCAUAAUAGCACAUUUUUACAACAAAUUAAAGAUUUCAGAUUUAGAGCCAAUAUUACUUUAAUGAAGGGAAACAAUCAUGAAAUAGCAAUAGGCAGGUGCUAUAUUAAAAAAGAAAAAGCAAAAAAAAAAAAAAAAAAUUGACACUGAUUCCAAGUUUAUGAUUAGAUCAUCUUUGAUAGGGUCUGUAUUUUUGCAUGGGAGUAUAACAGACAGAACUUUUAAAAGUAUUCUUCAUAGUUUAAAAAAAAAAUUAAUGCUAAACAAUGUUAAAUUGAUAUUGAUGCAGUGAAAAAAUAGACUAUCUUUGUAUUACAGGAGAAUGUUCACUGUUCAUCACUUUGAUUUUAAUGCAAAGGCACAGCAACCAGUAACUUGAAAAGUGCAUCUCGAUGAUUUGCAUUUCUUGUUCCAAACUUCAAACAUUAAUAUAAAAUGUAGGCCAUAUACAAGUUUAAUUUACUGUACAAUCUUUACUUUUUGUGAGGGGUUACUUUUCGUUGUUUUUUUCUUGUUAUAAGCAUGCCCAUGAAUAACCCACAUAGAAGAGAACUACAAGAAAAAAUAACAACUGUGCAUCCAUGGAAUCAAGUUCUCACAAAUGUUCUUCUUUUUCCCAAACCACAAAAAUUUAAAUCCCAUGAAAAUAAGAGAUUCUACAGUUUCUCUGUACAUGUAGAUUAGUGUUUGCUUUAAUUUGUUGUUACAAAUAUUUUAUGUAUUAUCGGGUAGUAUACUUUUGAUUAGGAUGAUUUUAUGUGCAAUAUACGUCCAUGUUCAUGCUCCUACAUAUAUACAUUUAUUGUUGAAGAAUAAUAGAGUUUAUCUUGUCUUGUGCGCAUGUUUUUUCCUUUAUGUUACUUAAAAGAAUAAAGUCAUGUCUGAUUGUUAGUAAA